CACAGAGUUUAAACCAGUUUUUUUUUUUUUUUCCAUCUCUUCCUCAAAAUCUUCGAUUCUCUCACAAUCUCUUCUUCUUCUUCUUCUUCUCCUUCCCAAAACACCACCUUUUGUGUUACUCUUCCCUUCUCUCAAUCUCUCUCUCUCUCUCCGCCGAAUUCCCCAAAACGCGUUUCCUCAAACCCUAACGUACGGAUUAGGGUUUUUGUUUCGUUGAUUCCGAAGGUAACGAUGAAUGAGAAAGGAGAAAAGACUUGUCCUCUCUGUGCUGAGGAGAUGGACUUGACUGAUCAACAUCUUAAACCUUGCAAAUGUGGCUAUCAGAUAUGUGUUUGGUGUUGGCAUCAAAUUAUAGAGAUGGCUGAGAAAGAUAAGACAGAGGGUCGCUGUCCUGCAUGUCGUACCCCUUAUGAUAAAGAAAAGAUUGUUGGGAUGACAGUCAGCUGUGAAAGGUUGGUUGCUGAAAUUAACAAUGACCGGAAAAAGUCACAGAAGGUGAAGGCUAAACCUUCAGAGGGAAGGAAAGAUCUGACUGGUGUGAGAGUUAUCCAGAGAAAUUUGGUUUACGUUAUGAGCUUGCCUUUUGAUCUGGCAGAUGAAGAUCUUUUUCAGCGAAGAGAGUACUUUGGUCAAUAUGGAAAAGUCGUUAAAGUAGCAAUGUCUCGGACUGCAGCUGGGACUGUCCAACAAUUUCCAAACAAUACUUGCAGUGUAUAUAUUACUUACUCCAAAGAGGAUGAAGCAAUUCGAUGUAUCCGAUCAGUACAUGGAUUUAUUUUGGAUGGUAGAAAUUUGAAGGCAUGUUUUGGGACCAUGAAGUAUUGUCAUGCAUGGUUGAGAAACAUGCCUUGCACCAAUUCUGAUUGCCUUUAUUUGCAUGAGUUUGGUUCCCCAGAGGAUAGUUUCACAAAAGAUGAGACCAUAUCAGUGCACAUGAGGAGAAUGGUUCAAGAAAUUACUGGUUGGAGGGAUAAUUAUAUACGGCGCUCUGGGAGCAUGUUACCUCCACCAGUUGAUGAUUUUGUUGAUAAUGAAUCUAGCACAAGAAAAAUUCCAAAAGUUGUUUUGAAUAAUGCACAUACUGUCGCUAAAAGUUCUCCUCCAAAUGACAGCAACAGUCAGUCUGUUACCCUUCCUGCCGGAGCAUUGUGGGGAAUGCAUUCUUCUAGUCAAUCAUCGGUACCGAGUUCACCAUGUCCUAGGGAACCCUUAAGAGAGAAAUCUGCAACAGUGUCAUCUGCAGUUGGAACAAAUCCCACACAGAUGUCUUCAUCUCACAGUCAUGAAUUAAAGAAGGCAGCAUUAAAGGAUAACCGUAGUGCAGAUGGAAAUGCUUUGAAACCUCAAAACCUAUUGGAUGGUCAAACUGAUUUUCCUGAGCUUUCCUUGUCUAAUAGGACCCAGGUCACUAAUAGUAGGGAAGUAAUCUCUGCCAGUGUGGAUAAUAGUAGAGCUAUUAGUGAGCCAUCAGAUUGCACGGAUUUGCCAGAACAUACUUCUCAGCCUUGUAAAUCCAAGCUGUCUAAUGGAAACAAAAUGAUUAACAGAAAAAUAGAGAGUGUAUGCAGCGAUGCUGUGUCAGUGGAUGCAGAUAGUGUUGUGGAUGGCUAUCAUGGAAGAACAAGAUCUGACAGUUCACAUUUUAAUCAUGCUUCCGUAAAGUCAUCACAUACAGAAAUGUCCCAAGACCAUAUACAGCGUAGUGUCAAUGAGCCUAGAGAAGUUCAGGCACUGCGGAAGUCUGGUAGAGCUGAUGCAAAUGAGGUUGUUGUCUUAAGAGCCGAAGCUAAUGCAUAUACUGCUUUGACGUCUCCGUUGGUAACAGAUCGUUAUCCAGAAGCUGAGGAUGAUAUAUCAUUGUUCAAUAGACAAAGACUCAAGGAUCCAGAAGUUCUUAGCUGCCAGCCCAAUGGUUUACUACGUACGUUAAAUUCUAUGCAGCCUUGUUCAUCCCAGUAUAAGGCUGAGCAUGAUGAAACCAGGACUGUGGGUGGAUCUUCUGAAAGCAGAGGAAGUAAUGUAGCACCCAUCUCACAUGGAUAUACCGAGAUGCCACUUAGUGAGCCCAGUCAUUUAAACGGCAGUCUUGACCAUUCUAUUAUGUUUCCUGACAAAGCAAGGGACACACAGCCAAUUGGAAAGUGUUUUGCUGACUCAGAAGAAAAUUCUAGGAGUGAAAUGGAUGAAAGGAUAAUUGCAAAUAUAAUGUCUUUAGAUCUUGAUGAAUACUUAACUUCACCUCAGAACUUUGCAAAUCUAUAUGGGGAAAGUGAUGAAGAGGCCAGAUCUCGUAAGCUAGCAAAUUCCAGUAAAAUGGAGGAUAGUCAAUCCCGGUUUUCUUUUGCGAGGCAAGAUGAAUCAAAGGAUCAAGCUUUUGCUUCUUAUAACACCUUCAACCAGAUAGCACCUGGCAGUGACUUAUACCAGAACUCUUCAGAACGACAGAGUGGUAAUAUGGGUAUGUUUGGGACGUAUAAUGGUCUUUCAUCCGGUUAUUCAUCCGGCUAUCUCAAGGGAGUAGAUUAUGUCACACAAAGGUCUACUCUGCCCUCAUCCUAUAACCCUACUUCUGCUCCAAGAUGUCCGGUUUCAGCACCACCUGGAUUUUCAGUUCCAAGUCGACCUCCUCCUCCAGGCUUCUCCUCAAAUGGGAGAGAACAUCAGAUUUUUGAUGGUGUUUCAGGAAAUCAUCGGUUUUCUGAUACAACAUCAUUCGGUAAUCCAUAUCAGCAGUCACUCCCAGUUGAAAAUGUCAGGGAUGUUCAAUUUAUGGAUCCUGCUAUUUUGGCCGUGGGUCAAGGCUUUGAGAAUGCAAGCCUAGAUUUCAGAUCAAACUUUCAAGGAAACACAAACAUGUUUGGAAACGCGGCAAAGCUCCAACAACACCAACAAGCGGUAAUGCAGACUCCAUUAUCUACACAUCAAAACUGUAGAUUCACUGAUUCUCUGGGAAUUGCAUCAAGGCUUAUAGAUCAAUCUCAAGGCAAUAACAUACUGUCUAGAAACCUCGCGUUGCCUAAUGGUCACUGGGAUGGGUUGAUGAGUAACGAGAUCCAAACUCGAAACAGACUCCAAAACGAGAAACUUGUUGGGACAACAAACUGGAUCCCGGGUUACAACGGGACAUUCAGGAUUUAAACACCAUUUGUCAGAAUAAGUGAGCUCUCUUGGUGUCUGCCUUUGGACUGUGACUGAGAACCAUCAUCAGUCUGGUCUAAGAUCUCCUCCCUUGAAUCCUCUUCUGGUUUACUUAGUAAAGAUGGUUGUAAAAAAUGCUUUAGGAAGGUUUUUAAUUAUUGGUUUAUGAAUUUUUAACUUAUGGUUUUAAAAAAUGUCAAAUAUGAAUUUUUGACUUA